UACACGGUACGACAAUGCAAAAGUCGACAUUUGUUUUCGACAACUGAUGUAAACAGGGAAUAAAAAUCCGAAAAUUUUGUUCAAGAAAAAAAAAAGGUUUAUGAAAUAACUUGUGAAUUAAUUAAAAAAAGUAAUCGAAAUUAAAAAAUCUGUAUAAAACUGCAACUGGUCUGAGUGAAACAAAUUGUGUUUGAAAUUUUAACAAAAGAUUGAUAAUGGAAAUAUCUAAUGGAGCAGGAGUUUCAUCAGAUGAAGAUGGUACUGGAGGACAAAAUGAGAUUUGUUGCCUAAUUGAAGAUGGUAACAAAUGUAGACGUCCCGCCGGAAAUGCAAGUUUUAGUAAAAGAAUCCAGAAAACAGUGCAACGAAAGUUGAAGUUAUCGCUUGAUUCACUUGCGCGCACACAAUUCAUUUGUGAUUUUCAUAAAUCUAAAAUUCAAAGUGCUCGUUCAAAGCGUCAAAGAUCCAUGAGACAUUCUGAUGAUUCUGGUGAUUCUGACAGUGAGAGUCCUGAAGUUGAUUUUUCAAACCUUCAGAUGCAAACCUUGAGACGAUAUAAGAAAUUUUUCAAAGUAACAACACGGCCAGGAAUGAAUAAAGCUCAACUUGCUGAUCUCAUAAGCAAACAUUUCCGUACAAUUCAAGUUAAAGAGAAAGAAGUUCUCACAUAUUUCAUCUACAGUGUGAAACAUAACUCAAAUAAAAAUGGGUAUAAUGAUUAA